AUGACGGAGAAACUCGAUCACGGCCCCAAGGUCAUGUUCGUCAAUGGCGAGGUAUGUGCCGCGAUCUACAAGCCUCUUGACAAUACCCAUCAAGAAAUCCGACUUCUCACGCUUCUUCCGCCUCGAGACGGAGAUGCAAAUAUCCAUUGCACCCUCUCACACGCCGUACUCAACAAUGCCUCAUCCGAGAAUCCCAAGUACGAGGCCCUAUCGUAUGUUUGGGGCGAGCCCGACUUCUCGGAGGCAAUAAUCCUCAAUAACCACACUUUCUUCAUCACACCGAGCCUGAAGUACAUUCUGUCGUGCCUGAGGCAAAGAGGUGACGAACCACGAGUUCUUUGGGUUGACGCGAUUUGCAUCAAUCAGUCAGACGUCGAGGAGCGGGGUCACCAGGUAGCUCUUAUGCGCGAGAUCUACUCAAAUUGCCAACGAGAUAUCGCGUGGCUAGAUCCGAUGAUCGGCAAGAAAGGCGUCAAGGCUCGUGACCUCUACAAUCAUCCCGAUCUUGACCAAGAAGAAAAUUGGGUGAGAUGCGGCAUGGAGUUGAUGCGCGAGAUCGCUGAGAAGAACCCGCAAACUCUGAAAGAGCUACAGGAUCAGGCCCGAGAAGGUUAUCGUCUCCUCACUGGCUCACAGCUCGCUCUCGGUGCUGUAUUCAGGCAGCCAACACUCUGGAGCCGGCUGUGGGUCAUGCAGGAGCUUUCUCUCGCCCCGCGGCUGACGCUGAUGUCUAGAGAUGCUGAGCUGAGUUGGGAUGUGCUGAAGAACUUGUUCAAAGACGAACCAUACUUCGAUGCGUUCCACAUGGGCCGUGAGAGCAGCCACUCCCUCGGAUACUACAAGGACUUUAGUGAAGUGUUCGUCCCAAUCAAGCUGAUCGAGGACCAACGUCGCCUAAUGACACAGGGCAAGGGGUCCAAGCUCAUGGAUGUACUGGUGCGCUUCCGUGAGAUGGAAUCGACAGACCCCCGGGAUAAAAUAUUCGGGCUACUUGGGCUUGUGACGGAAGAUCAUGGUGUAAAUGUUGAUUAUAUGACGUCAGUGCCUGAGUUGUAUCAGCAGGCCACAGCCUCUUUGAUCAAUCUCGCCGGAAACUUGGAUAUUCUUUGCCAAAAUCCAUUUGAACGCCCAGCCGGGCCCAGAGCGCUGGAUGGACAGCGUAAACAUAAACUGCCAUCUUGGGUUGCAGAAUACGAUAGCAAGCGCCGCCAAUGCGCAACAAUGCUCUUUGCCCAGCGCGGCAUCUUCAACGCCGGCGUCAAGAACUGCGAGACCCCAUGUCGACUCAUCGGCCCCGGCAAGGAUAUCCUGGUCAUGAAAGGCACCAUCCUUGGAACAGUCGCACCUGUUCUCCAGGAUGGCAAAGAUCUUGAGGCUCGGGAUGUCAUGAACCUUUACCUUGGCAAGGAAGUCCUUGAGCAACCCCAGGGGCAUAUGUACGCCCCGAAAGUCGGCGGUAAAGAGAUACCAACAGGCGACACCACCAUUCGCGCUUUCUGGAGAACGAUGGUAAAGGAUUGCACCCUACCCCCAAGAAUGCGUCGUUUGAGGCCAACUGAAAUCGAGAGGUUGGAUAUCAAAAACCAAGAGCAACUGAAAAGUGAAUGGAGUCCCCUACAGACAUACCGUUUACACUUUGGCAACAAAUACUCAAGAUCUGCAUUUGGUUAUCAGCCUGCCGACGAUGAAGAUCUUGCGAAACUUGACAUCGAGGGUCAAAUUUCGCAUCAUUACAGCCCUGGUAGCUUCAAGUUCGCGGUCACAGAUAAUGGGCUAUUCCUAGCAACACGUUUUGCUGCGAAGCAGGGUGAUGUUGUGGCUGUCCUUGAUGGUGGAAAAGUACCGCUGGCUUUGCGCAAGGUUGAGCCCAGAGAUGGUUUUGAAGGGGAAUUGUAUAUGGUAGUCGGCUCGACCUACGUGCACGGCUUCAUGGACGGUGAGGCGGAGGCUGGUGUCACCGAAGGUUGGUUGGAGAAGCGGGAGAUUCUAGUCGCGUAA